CACUCUGGACCACUGAGAGAGAGAUGGCCACUGAACACUGCCUCUAUCAGAGAGAUGAGGGAGCUACUGUCUGUCUCAGAGGUCCCCUCCAGUCUGGCUUGACAGGUGAGGAAUGAUGGAGACUCCUCAAAACAGGCAAAAGACUGUCUGUCUGUGAUGGCAUCACUAAUGCCACAGUCCGGACAAGAGGCGUCCAGCUGAUGCACAAUUUCAGCUUUAAUGUCUUCU